GUUCCACCAUUUAGCUUUGUCAGCAGAUUUGCUCAAGGUUGAAAUGGAGGAGAAUUGCUCCUUCAUGGUGGAAUUCUUGGGGCAGUUCUGUGAGCGUUCGCCAACAGACACAGAGCUGGAGGACUAUAUGAUGUUACUGGGCGAUCUAGCACCGGUGGAGGCCACCAACCAGUUGACACCAGCUGGCAAAAAGAAGGACCUGGGAAAGGAAACGAAGGACAGUGAAGAAAGCGAGGAGAAGGAGGAUGCACAGGAAGAAGAAGAAGAAGAAGAAGCAGAAGAAGAGGGGGGAGAAUAUGACAAAGAAGAUGAAGUGGAAGGCGAAGAAGAAGAGGAGGAGCAAGAAGAAGAUGAAGAUUUCCGAGGUUCAAUGAGAAUACCUGACGAUUGGCCCCAUGAUCGGCUUCCCCACCCUGAUGAAGCAGAGACCCUUGAGUAUCUACAAGAGACACAGCAGGAACCGAGCCCAAGCCCUCAGAAGCCCGAACCUGUGUUGACAGGCCGGCACUUGGAGCGCAAAGGUGCAAAGGAUUUGGAGGGAAAUAAGAUGCCAGUGACAACAAGCAACUCAGAGAGUCAGAAAAUCGAGGAGGCUGAGGAGGCUGAGGAGGCAGAAGAGACGGAAGAGGAAGAAGAAGAAGAUGAAGCAGAAGAACCACCAAAGAAGGAAGAGCCGAAGACAAAAGGAAAGAAGCAGAAGGCAGAGAAGAGAAAGGAUGCUGAAGAAGAAGAAGAAGGAGAUAAGGAGGCUGAGGAGUCAGGAAGGGAAAGCAAAGCAACAGAGAAUCGACACCACAAAGCAUCCCGACCCUCGAAAGACACCGAGCUUGAAGCGAAGAAGGCAAAGAGAGAUGACAAGAAAGUUGAGGUGGAAAUGCAAAAAGCUACAGACCGCAAAAAGCUUGAGGAGACUGAGGACGUAGACAGCGAAGAAGACAAAGCAGAAGAGCCACCAAAGAAGGAAGAGCCAAAGGCGAAGGGAAAGAAGCAGAAGGCAAAGGAAAGACAGGAGGCUGAGGAAAAGACAACAUAUGAGGAGGCUGAGGAGUCAGAACCUAAAGGCAAAGCAAUGAAGAAGCAGGAGCGCAAAGCAGCCCCACCCUCGAGAGACACCAAGCUUAAAGCGAAGGAGGCAGAGACAGAUGAGAAGCAUAAUGUGACGAAAACAAGAAAGAAGCAGAAGGCAAAGAAGAGAAAGGAUGCUGAAGAAGAAGAAGAAGAAGGAGAUAAGGAGGCUGAGGAGUCAGGAAGGGAAAGCAAAGCAACAGAGAAUCGACACCACAAAGCAUCCCGACCCUCGAAAGACACCGAGCUUGAAGCGAAGAAGGCAAAGAGAGAUAACAAGAAAGUUGAGGUGGAAAUGCAAAAAGCUACAGACCGCAAAAAGCUUGAGGAGACUGAGGACGCAGACAGCGAAGAAGACAAAGCAGAAAAGCCACCAAAGGAGGAGGAGCCAAAGGCGAAGGGAAAGAAGCAGAAGGCAAAGGAGAGACAUGAGGCUGAGGAAGAAACGAGAGAUGACGAUGCUGAGGAAUCAGAAAGGGAAAGCAGAGAAACAGAUAAGUGUCCCAGAAAAAAGGCCAAACUUUCGGCGAAGACUGAAUCACUGUUCAAGGCACUAGACGAGAGCAAGCAGAAGAAGAAUGAGAAGAGUGCCACAAAGAGUCGAAAGAGUGGGACACCUCAGGAGACUGGGGAUGAAGACAAAGAAGACAAAGCAGAAGAGCCACCAAAGAAGGAAGAGCCAAAGGCGAAGGGAAAAAAGCAGAAGAGACAAGAGGCUGAGGAAGAGACAAGAGAUGAGGCGGCUGAGGAGUCUGGAAGGGAAAGCACAGCAAAGAAGAAGCAACACCGCAAAGAAGAAGACACCGAGCUUGAAGCGAAGAAGACAACGAGAGAUGAGCAGACAGAGGUGGCAACACAAAAAGCUACAAAGCGCGCUAAGCCUGAGCAAAGCCACAAGGCAGAAGACCAAGAAGAUGAAGCAGAAGAUCCACCAAAGGAGGAAGAGCCAAGGCCGAAGGAAAAGAAGCAGAAGAUAGAGACAAGAAAGGAUGCUCCAGAAGACGCAAGACAUGAAGAGGCUGAGGAGUCAGAAGCUGAAGACACAGCAAGGAAGGAAGAACGAACUGCAGACCGACACUCAAAAGACAUCAAAGAAUUGAAAGUCAAGAAGCCAAACAUAGAUGAGAAGGCCAGAAGUGCCAGGAAGCGUGUGCAGCCUGAGGAGACUGGGGAGGCAGGUGACAAAGGCAAGGAAGAUGGAGGAGAAGAUCAACUGAAAGAAGAGCACAUGCCGAAGGACAAGAAGCAAAAGACAAAGACAAAAGGAGGGGAAGAUCCUGGCAAAGAUACUGUCACCGUAGACAGUGACGAUGAAAAGAAGGAGGCUGAUGCAGGUACUGGGACUUUCCAAGACAUGAAGGGUCCUUUAGUCAGUGAGGAAAGGUUCUUGAGCAAAGAUCAAGAGGAAAAAGCCACCAGAAUCAUGAACGAGCUGACCAAGACCCACAAGGAGCUGAACUUGUUAAACAACGACGACCUCAUCAAGGCACAGAGAAAGAUUAGCCAAACCCUGAAGGAAGAUGAAGAGGAGGAUGACGACAAUGUGGAGGACGAAGACAAGAUACUUCGUUUGGCAGAGGAAGAAUCAGAAGAUCGGAAGGCAGGAAGAGGAGAUGCAAAGGCAGAUCCUGAGGAGAAAGAGGCUGAGGAGAAAGAGGCCGACACGUCUGAAGGAGAGAAUCUGAAAGCAAAGAAACGCAAAGACCAAGAAGCGAACAAUGAUGGCAGCAAACCGAAGACCACCCAAAAGAAAGCGGCGACGGCAAAUGAGAUGAAGAGUCCUUUGAAGUUGGCGGCAAGGGCCUCAAAGCGUAUCGUGAACCAACAAAAGACAGGAGAGUCAAAGACAGGAGGCGAUGAUGCGAGAAGGAGGCUGGAAUUUGCAGCAGAAGGUGGCAACUCUGGGGCUGAAAAAGUUCUACGUGAGCUGGACCUGGCGAUGGCAUCUUCAUCUUGUACGCUGUUUCGUUACCCCGCGGAAGUGCAGCACAGCUUGAAGGUGAUGGAGGAGCAGGAAGACAUGGAAUUGUCUUUCAAGUUCGGCCCCAAGAUCUUGGCUGAUUGGUGGAUUAUGUGGUCUAUGGCUAAGCAGCUGGCAGGAUGGGAGGCUUUGGGCAAUGAGGAAGAUUUGUGGAACAUCGAUCUCUUUUCUGGACAAGGAAAGGCUUUGAUGUGGCCACCGAUGGAGUGUCCUUGGGCCUAUCGCCUGAAGAAGAAGCUCACCAAGCGGGUCAGACAGCGUGCACUGAAAGCCAAAAAGUUGGCACGUGUGGCACAAAGGCCCUUAAGAAUUCUCAAGUAUAUCCCCGAGGGUAUGGCAAUGCUAUCUGAGGAUGUCGACAACUUGAAGGUAUUCCGUGAAGCCAUCUAUCCACCUCAAGGCGGCUUGGCACAUGCAACCCUGCAGAAGAUCAAGGAGGGACUGAUUGGAUUUUACAUCGAGCAGCUUAGCCCAAGGGAAGUGUUAGAACGGGCGGCCAAACGGGCUGCUCGGAUUGCUUUGAUGGAUUCAUGUGGCUUGGAGUCUGAGGAGUUGGCCACUGACAGGUUGAGGCGUGACGUUCAGAGCCACGAACUCCUUGGCGAGCCGAAGCGCAAAGCACAGAAGCAACCAGCAACUGCAGUGAAAGCCAGAGCAGCACCACCAAAGUCUGUCAGCCCCAAAGCAGCUCAAGGUGAUGCAAAGGUUGAAGGUACGACUCCUGAUCGUAGUCAAGGGGUCACUGCCCUUGCUGUUCAGGAGUGCUUGCAUCGGAGGAACACGGCAGAGUUGCAAGAACCAACCACCCCCCCUGCUCCCAGUAGCAGUGGCAAGAGAAAGCAAUCUCCCAGUGGCAGUGGCAAGAGUAAGCAAUCUCACGCCAGCAAGUCUAGUGGGAAGAAGGCGACACCUGCACCUCCACCACCUCCACCCCCGUCAGAGUCUGAACACUCCCAGAGCGCAAGUGAGAGUGAGAGUGAUGAUGAAGAAGCGCUUGCCUUACAAGAAGAGGUCGUGAGAGAGAAGAAGGAGGCUCAUGCCAGGUACAUGAGGUUCAGUCGAAGUCUCACGAGCCCAAAUACUCCAUUGGAGAUUCAGCGCGCGGGUCGCAAUGCUUUCCGCUGCAGCCCUAAGCUCCAAGUUCUCAUGGAGCAGUGGGCCAGUGCCCAAGGGGUGUGGACCCAAUCAGAUUUCUUUCUGCAGAUCAAGGAGAAAAAGAAGAACCGUCGGUUCGGAUGCCGAGUGUGGUUAACAAGAUCCGAAAUGACUGCAAAGUACGGAUCCACGACCAUAGCCCAGCAGAUCAUAGAAGCAAAGGAAAUUGACAAGGAAGCAUCAAAGACGCAGAUCAGGGCGCAUCCUGAUAUGCAUGGUGUGCAGACUGAGGCAAACACAAAGAAACCAAAGCGUAAGUCUGGGAAGAACAAGAGCAAAGGCAAGGACGAGACAGAGGCUGCAAAGAAGAAGAAAGAGGAACAGGAACGAAAAGCUGAACAGAAGAAGGCGAAGCAAGAUGAGGAUAAGGAGAAAAAGCGGCAGGAGAAGCAGAAGACGGAUGCAUUGAAGAAAGAACAGCGAAAGAGCAAUCAGGUCAUUACCAAGAUCGGGCAGAGCAUCAUGAAGGCUUCCAGCCUCGAAGACAAGCUGUCGAACAUGAGCGAGACUGUGAAGAAAGCCAUUUUGACCGAAGUGAAGCCACAUUUGAUCGCCCUGCGAGAUGCCCGGAAACAUCUCCAGAAGGCGAUUGACGAAUCCAAGGUGGAUUGCCUGGGCAACAUGCCCCAGAUGACGGCCAGCGGCGAGGAUGUGGUCAAGGCGACCUCUGUCGCUGCUGCAAUGAAGCGGGUGCGGAAUCAAGCUGCAGCGGUUGAUACAAUCAAGGUUCCAGUGGUGGACAAGAAGAGCCCCAGAGGGGGUGUUGGUGGGAAGCCGUUGAAGGGUUCUGAUGCCAAUAUGGCUGGUCGUGCCAUAACUAAGAAUGGUUUGAGGCUCCUUCUUUGCGAUGAUCUUGAAUUCUUUGGACCAGGGACUUUCGAACAGAAGCUGGACUCAGCUUACAAGGACUUUCUGGCAUAUUGCAAACGCCAUAAAGUCAACCACUCCCAGCCACCAUUCCUCCCCAAGAUGGUGAAGAAAAAAGGUGGCAAGAUCCUUUUUACUGCAAAAGCCUACAACGGCCGCUGUAUCUUGAGCUGGCUGGCAGACUGCCUUCUGACAGCUUUGGAUUCUUACCCAGAUCAUGAGGUAUUGGUGCUUACCAGUGCUGCCAUGAGCUCGUUGGCAAAGUUCAUGCGCUUGUUGGAGGAGAAUGGCCGCUAUUUGACACAUGGCAAAACAGAGAAGUUGUUGGCUUGGGUGACCCAGGAUGCAGCGCAAUCGAUCUAUGAUUCAGGGAUGCGGUUCUUGAAGCUCUACCGUGUUCUCUGCGCAGAGCAUGUGAG